AUGGAUGGAACGGAGCGGACGUAUGGAUUAAUUCUGAAAACAUACCUCGAGGAGGAGAAAAAUGCGGAUAAUCUCGUCAAGCAGCAACAACAACUACCCGAUUAUAUCACGCAAGGAAGUAAUCCUAACUCCUAUCGGAUUGUAAUAGAGCUUGAGAAUCGCUCCACAAGGACGACGAAGGACAGAUUUUGCCGCCGGCGAAGAAUCGAAGAAGACCACGACGGAAAAGUGGCGACGAGCGCCGCCGAACCGGCCGUGAUGCUCUAUUCCGACAUGACAGCCAGACAUAUUGACACGAUUGAUAAUCAUCCGUCAAUGCAAUGUGCCAUGUUCACCAUGAGUGUCUAUCACAGUGUUCCAUCUUUCUAUGUAUGUCACAACUGCUUGGAUCCAGAAGCUGUGGGGCUGAGACUCAAAGAGCAACGUAACAGCGGAUUUGAGGCCAGUGAAAGAAGUGAACAGCUUUUACUCCGAGGUGUGCUUGAAAGCCAGAAACAAGGCCUCAAGUUGGCCGCCGGUGAUCGAAGCGACUUGCGCGCGGCCGCAUGUCGUGCAUCUUAUUCCAGUUACCGCAUCAAAUGGUUGUACAUCCAGCUGGUGUUCGAACUGCAGCACUUCUUUGUUGAUUCAUGUCAUCAGGAAGACGAACGAACUUUCCUGGUAUUCUAUCGGCGCGAAGCGCUUUGA